AAGCUUGACAAAAGAUUAACCUACUGAAACAUAAUUAUUUAAAAGACACUAUAAAACAAAUCAUUUUGCCGUAAUAUAAUGUGUAUUUAAGUACACAAGCAACAGUAGGUUAACUAAAGUACACUUAAGUGGGGUUUUCUUCUUAAAUAUACUCAAAAACGUUGUUUUUCAUAUAUGUAUUUAUAAGAUAUAAAGUGCACUACAUAAAUGCACAUUCAAAACAAAUAUGUGCUGGGGGGUUUUUUCCCACAAGGAGAGUUUAGUCCAGCUGAGAAAUUAGAUUUAUGGUUGGUGGUUGAAAGCUGAGGUUUAAGGAGGGUUCUUCUUCUUCUUCUUCUUCUUCUUCUUCUUCUUCUUCUUCUUCUUCUUCUUCUUCCAUUUUUCUCUAGUCAAGAAGGUCCGCAAGUUUCUCGUUUCUAAAGGAAGCUUCUUUACCCAGUUCCGGUUCUGGGACUUUCUAUGGGGGCUUAAUAAAGAUCCAGGGGACAGCUGCCGGCUAGUUACGCGGACAGCUAACCUUUCGACUGCUCCUUAAAUAUUUCCUCCCUGCCUCCUUCGGAUUCCCCGAAUCCUAAAAGUUUUGUGUUUUUUUUUUGUUAUAAAGGCAUCGGCUGCUCUUUCCGUCCUUCGCUGUUCCUGUGUAAUCUCAUGAAUAUUGAUGCUACUUCCUCGACGCAGCGAAUCAGCUGAGCACCUUGUGCAUACAUUUAUUGUGUAAUUACAUCUGUCAAUUAUCUGCAGUUUAUCGGACCUUUAUCAACUCUCAAUUUCUCAAGUUUUUUUUUUAAAUUGUGUCAUGGCCAAAUGGGGAGAGGGAGACCCGCGCUGGAUCGUGGAAGAAAGAGCAGACGCCACAAAUGUCAAUAACUGGCACUGAGAGAGAUGUCACAAGCUGGUCUCAAGAUGUAAUAAAUAACCUCCUUCUUGGGCUUCACGUACAAGGUGAAGAAGGCUCGUGUGAGAUCACAGACGUCAGUAAUAUAGAUGGAGAGGCCUCUAUCAACAACCGCAAAGGGAAACUCAUCUACUUCUACGAGUGGGUUGUUAAAGCCUCAUGGACCGGUACAAAUAAAAUAGGAAUCAAAUAUAAAGGCACCGUGGAAGUACCGAAUCUCUCUGAUGAAAAUGACAUGGAUGACUUAGAUAUUGGCGUUACACUUUGCAAAGACCAGCCAAACACGCCGCUGACUGAUCUCAUGAGGAAGGAGGGAGUGAAGAAAAUCAGAACGGCACUGGGCAACUAUGUCAAGCAUCUCAAAAGCGAGUUCUCUCAGGGUAUGAUUUUACCAACAGAAAACCCACUCAACAAACAGAAUCAGGAGACGCAAGCCAAGGUCAAACUAGACAAAACCCAAAUUGGAUCCUCCACAGCAAAAAAUGCUCCUAACACCGGAGUGAAAAUUUCAACAAUAUCUUUGACUAUGAAAGACACCUUUCUUACUUCACCCGAAGAGUUGUACAGGGUUUUCCUAAACCAAGAGAUGGUACAAGCCUUCACACACCUCGCUGCCUUUGUGGAUGGGUGUCCGGGUGGCAAAUUCCGGCUGCUGGAAGGAAACGUUCACGGGCAGUUUGCAGAACUGAUUCCAGACCAGAAAAUUGUCAUGAAAUGGAGGUUUUCAAGUUGGCCAGCUGGACACGCAGCAACUAUCACUUUAAACUUCGUAAAUCAAGGCAGUGAGACAGAGCUGACUGUGGAAGCCAGAGGAGUUCCCAGCAGUGAGGAGGAAAGAAUGAAAGAGGGCUGGCAGAGAUACUACUUUGAUGCCAUUAAACAGACCUUUGGUUAUGGGGCACGACUCUGUUAAGACUAAACUGUUUUGCCAUCAGAAACUCGGGACAUAAUAUAAAUAGAUAAAAAAAAAAAAAACCUGUGAACACGAAACACUUCCUGCCUGCACUGUAUAAUAACUGGAUUCCCACAAACACAUGUGCCUUUACAGUAAAAAAAAAAGUAUCUGGGUUAUUAUUAUUUUAUUUUUUUGUAUUUGCUAUUGCAUUUGCAUUAGAGCUUGUUUAAAUGUUACGUCUGGGCAUUGCAGAGGCGGAUGAUUCAAAAUGUGAGAAUAUGUUUGUCUGUGAUGAAGCAAAAGUUGAAUUGAUUUGUAUAAUCAGGAUACCUCUUAAAUACAAAGUCAAAUCUGUGUUGUAAUGAAGCAAGAAAUAAAUGUUUUAACUUA